GCUCACUGAGCCGAGGCUCUCGACCGUGCCGGGUGGGCGGCCCGGCUCCCCGGGCGACGCCGCGGGCUGGGAGGGGAGUGGCGGCGACGGCCAAUGGGGCUGGGCGCUGAGUUUCGGGCGAUACCGCGCGGUGGCCGCUGAGGGCCGGGCGCGUCGCCGGGGUCUCGCGCGUUGUUGGGGGGAAACUCUGGUCACCCCUGACCUCCCCGUAGCUGUGGGAUUAGGGGAAGGUCGCCUCGAGUGUCACUUCGCCGGGAUUGUGGGCAGACAUCGGUGAGACAGGACGUGCCAGCUAGCUCCCGGUCGAGUGAAACUUGGGAAGCGUACGAGGCAGAAAUGCUGAGCUUCCUGAGACGAACGCUUGGCCGCAGGUCUAUGCGCAAGCAUGCUGAAAAGGAGCGGCUCCGAGAGGCACAGCGUGCGGCCACACACAUUCCUGCCGCUGGGGAUGCCAAGUCCAUCAUCACAUGCAGGGUGUCCCUUCUGGACGGUACAGAUGUCAGUGUGGACUUGCCGAAAAAAGCCAAAGGACAGGAGCUGUUUGACCAAAUCAUGUAUCACCUGGACUUGAUUGAAAGUGACUAUUUUGGUUUGAGAUUCAUGGAUUCAGCCCAAGUAGCCCAUUGGUUGGAUGGUACAAAAAGCAUCAAAAAGCAAGUAAAAAUUGGUUCACCCUAUUGUCUUCAUCUUCGAGUUAAGUUUUAUUCCUCGGAACCAAAUAAUCUUCGUGAGGAGCUAACCCGGUAUUUAUUUGUUCUUCAGCUAAAACAAGAUAUUCUCAGUGGGAAGUUAGAGUGUCCCUUUGAUACAGCAGUUCAGUUGGCAGCUUAUAAUCUGCAAGCUGAACUUGGCGACUAUGAUCUUGCUGAACAUAGUCCUGAACUGGUCUCUGAGUUCAGGUUUGUGCCCAUCCAGACUGAAGAGAUGGAACUGGCUAUUUUUGAGAAAUGGAAGGAAUACAGAGGUCAGACACCAGCACAAGCAGAAACCAAUUACCUGAAUAAAGCCAAAUGGCUAGAAAUGUAUGGUGUUGAUAUGCACGUGGUCAAGGCUAGAGAUGGCAAUGACUAUAGUUUGGGACUGACUCCAACAGGAGUCCUUGUUUUUGAAGGAGAGACCAAAAUUGGCUUGUUUUUCUGGCCCAAGAUAACCAGAUUGGAUUUUAAGAAGAAUAAGUUAACUCUAGUGGUUGUGGAAGAUGAUGAUCAGGGCAAAGAACAAGAGCAUACCUUUGUCUUUAGAUUGGAUCACCCUAAAGCCUGCAAACACUUAUGGAAAUGUGCUGUGGAGCACCAUGCCUUCUUCCGCCUCCGAGGACCUGUCCAAAAGAGUUCCCAUCGAUCAGGAUUCAUUCGACUAGGAUCCCGAUUUAGAUACAGUGGAAAAACAGAAUAUCAGACCACAAAAACUAAUAAAGCAAGAAGAUCAACCUCCUUUGAAAGAAGGCCUAGCAAGCGGUAUUCCCGACGGACGCUGCAAAUGAAAGCCAGCACAACACAACCUGAAGAUCUUGGUGUUCUUAAUGCUUCCGCUCAGAAAAGUGACUCCCAACAGGCUUGGGGUGUGAUGUCUCCUGUGCCUGUCACUUCUUCCUCAUCCUGUGGCGCUGUGCAGGUGGAGAUAGAGAAUCUCCCACAGACCUCUGCGACAGAGCAGCACGACAGGAAAUGGCUCUCUGCUACCAGUGACCGCUGCCAACGUGGUGGAAACCAGUGGAACCCAAGGGCCUUGCCCCCACCCCAGACUGCAUAUAGAAACUACACUGACUUUGUACAUGAGCAUAAUGUGAAGAAUGCAGGAGCCCAUCAUGACGCUCAGUUAUCUGGCCGUGCAGCCAUGACCGAGAUAUGAGUUGUUACACCUUUUAGGCCGUGGAACUCUUGUCAUCUAGGUCAAUAAUGUAUUUUGUGGCAUUUAUAUAGAGGACUGAUUUCAUUAGGUGUAUUGGAAAGAAUUUGUUUCCUACUGAGUCACUAGUUACACAAUGCUAUGAUUGACUUCUGUCUGCUGUGGAAGGGAAGAGGAUCUGAAGAAGCCGUGAGCUGUCACUCACAUGGCAGAUGUUGCUGUGUUGAAAGGGUGUGCAUAGCACUGUGUCCUCGGGAAGGGUUUUCAAUGUUAGCAUUUAACACAUCACUCAAAACAUCUCUCAGGGGAUUCAUGUUUAUGACAAACUGUCAGUUGUCAUCCACAUGCCAUCUAAGUAAGACUGAGUUUUAAAGGUUAAGACAUAAAAUGUACACCCAAAAGGAACCAUAUUCAGUCAUGGUGCCUCAGCCUUUUGUGGUGCUAUAGUAAUACUCUUCUCAUAUGCUACUCUCUAAAGUGGCCCAUGCCUUCAUUUCAGCUAAGAGCCUGCGGUUUAAUAAAAAUUAUUAUAAUAUUUUUUUCUUAACAAACAUUUUAUUACCACAGCUGUAGAAAAUGCAAUAACAGCAUGGUUCAUGUAGAGAGAUAUGUCUGAAAGGUUUCUUUGGGUGGUUAACUUAGAGUUAACGUGAAUGGUUACCUUACUAGCAGGUGGUUAUACCAAAUGCAAGGUGGAAAGCUUUCCUUGUUACUCUUUUCUCAAUGAAGUCCUUGACAGAUCAUCCGAGUUUGUAUCACCCUCAUAAUCUGACCCAUACAACCUUUAAAAUAAAAUUCUGAAGUCAAAGUCUUACCAUUUUUGAGAUGGAUUACCUGUAUAAUUCAGGCUCUUUGGUUUAAUUCACAAAUUAGCUGGAAAAGUACAUGAUGAUUGACACACUAGGAAGAGAGAAACAAAAACAGUAUUUCCUCUUUUACAAUUAUUUUUAAUUUUAGAAAAAUUUCUGAACUUUAAGCUGUAUAAGGAGAAAUGAGAAGGGUUAUAUUCAGAACUGUUAAUGCUUGGAAAUAAUAAAGCUUUGUUAUAUUUAACCUGUCCUGCUUAACUCAGAGGUUGGCUUCAUCCUAUAGGUUCUCUCUUCAGAGGGCUUUGACAGAAGUCUGCUGUUGUAGAUACAGUAGGGCUUGUCACUAGAAGACAGGUGGCUAACCAAAAAUAUUUAGAGCAUGAAAUUCAUAGGCAAAUCUUGAUCUGAUUUUUUUAUUAUAUAAGAGAAUCAUUGCUUAAAUAUACUGUAGAUGUAAGAUGGAUAUUCAAAAUUUUAGUAUAUCCUACAGAAAAGCAGAUGCAUAUCUUAAAUAUCUCCAAGACUCACCAUCUAGUAUGCUCUAAAGACAAUACUAAUGUACAACGCUCUGAGGGUUUUUUGUUUUGUUUGUAGCUCAGAUUAUAACUAAGUGUUGUCUAUGAUGUUUUCUUUCCUUUUUAUCUUUAAGACUUGUUUAUUCUUGUUUACUUUAUGUGAAUGGAUGUUUGCCUGCAUGUAUGUAUGUAUGUCCAUUAGUAUGUUGCCUCCAGAGGCCAGAAGAGGGUAUUGGAGCCCCUGAAACUAGAGUUGUGGAUGGUUGUGGCUGACACAUAAAUGCAGGGAAUUGAACCUGCAUCCUCCAGAAGAGGUCAUAAUGCUGAACUAUCACUCCAGCCUUUUUUUUUUUUUCCUUAAAAGUGUUUAUUUAGAUCAUAACAUUUUAAACACAGAAGCUCUGCUUUGUGCCAUAAGAAUAUUUAGUUGAUAUGAAUAGCAUUUCUAUAAUACAACUGAGUCAGACUGAAUAAAAGCUUUCCUAGUCUUGUGGCUUAGCUUUAUCACAUUAACUUUAAUCUGAAGUUUGAAAUCGGGCCUCCCACUGUGUAUCUUAGCAAAUGUUAAUUUUAGGUGGCUUGUAACUGAGUAAUGCUAUCUUCAGUUUGUAUUGAAAAUGAUCAUUUUUAUUAGGAUUUGAAAUAACCAAUUGUGUUCAGUUUGAAUGCUUCAGGGUCACAUCAUGGGUUAUUCUUUCUUUGAAACCUAGUGAUGAAAUAAUUCAUUCAUAAAAUUUUAAAAAGGCAAAACUGGGUUGGACGUUAGAGACAGUAAAGGACAGAGAGCAGUAGAGUCAUGUCUCCUAAGUGUCCUGUGUGCUUUAAGAUGUCAUAUCAAUAGGUUGAGCAUCCCUGUCUAAAAUCCUAAGCCUCCAGAUAAUUGAUAUAACAGUUUCACACCUGACCUCAUUUGUUUCAGGUUGCACUUAAAGGCAGCAGCAAGCAAACCCAAAGUAUUAGAUCUGCUUAACGAUCAAGCCAUGUACAUUAAAAACAUACACGACUCCCAUCCCACAAAUAUUUAAUCUUUGUGUGUGCUUGCACUAAUAUUUGAAAAUCUAAACUAAAAUGGAAAACAUUUCUGGUUCCAAGUAAUUGUGAUAAGGAGUAUCCAGCCUGAACUGUAAAUAUUUGCUCUUCUGAGUGCUAGUCACAAGAUGGCCGUACAUUUUUCUGGAGCAGUGAUAUAUUUACAAGUAGUUCAGCCUCAAUAAAUAUAUUGUCUCCGAUAUAUUUCUGUUCUCAUCUUACUAUGUCCAAUGAUCAGAGCCCUAGACUUGAAGGCAGAGUGAGAUGAUUCAGUAGGUAAAGUCACUUGCCACCAAACCUGGCAUUCUGAGUUUGAUCCCUAGAGAGAUUGAUCCCUGGAAUGCACGUGUUAGAAAAUAAGGAUUACCCCAAGUUGUCCUCCAGCAGCUGUGUGUGCACAAAUACAAAGAAAGUAAGUUUUUAACAUACACAGAUUUUGAAGUUAACAUGCACCUAGAAGGCUCUCAAGCUUGGGAGUUUGGAGUCAACCUGAGCAAGACAGUAAGACUCUUGUCUCAAUGAAAAAAUAAAUAAAUCUAGACUGGAGAAAUAACUUCCUUCCAUAAGGACCCUAAUGUGGCACAGAACUCCAUGUUUAUGUACUGUGCAGUGUUCUGGCUACUUUUAUUGAAUAUAAUUGUAACAGUUUAAUUAGAUUGGUUGUGUUCUGUUGGGUUUUUAUAAACAGGAUGGUUAGAGAGACAGAAAAUCCAGUGACCUUCAGAAACAAGCUCUGGUAAUCAUCGUUUUUAUGGUUAAAAACAUUUCUGCUGCCUGGGUAGUGGUGAUGCACACUUUUAAUCCCAGCACUUGGGAGGCAGAGGCAGGUGGAACUCUGAAUUCAAGGACAGCCAGGGCUACACAGAAACCCUGACUUGAGGGGGGGGGGGGAAAUCUGGUUGGACAUGGCAGUUCAUGCCUGGAAGAGAGUGAGAAAGGAAGAGUGCCAUGAGUGGUAGACCCUCUGAAAAACAAAAGUCGAUAUUUGGGUUUUUUUUUUUAAAUAACCAGUCUUUAUGAUCUAAUUUUUCUGAUCUUGAAAUGGUAAUCACAUGCACAUUUUAAUUGAAGUUACAGAGUAAAAAAAAAAAACUAUCCCAUCCUUUGAAGAUUUGAAGAUUAUAAAAGAUUGGUUUGUUGUAGAAGAAAUUCAAGAAUACCCAGUUCAAUUCUUUCGUGCAUGCUACCCACUGCAAGCAGGAAUCAUUGAAUGCUUUACGUCAUGCAGAAUGUCAAAAGAAAGAACACAGAGAGGAAGGGUUCUUGGGUCUCCUGGAGUCAGCACAAAGGAUUUGAUGAGGUCAGAGUGCUGUCAGGCACCAGGGCUGCUAGACAUAGAGGAUAAACUGAUAUGCUUGGGUUUUAUAGCUGCUAGUGUACAGUUUGAUGUCAUAGCAGCUUAAUUUAAAUAGUGAAUUGAGAGUGUUGGCACAUGCCUGUAAUCCCAGUACUUAGGAGGCAGGAGCAAAAGCAUAAUGCCAGCUUAUUACAUAGCAAGUUCCAGGCCAGACAAAAUAAAGCCAAAAGUGUCUUUUUGCAGGGAAGUGACCUGAAGACAUACACCUCAACAUGCACACAUACAGUAAAAUUUUGGGUUGCCCACAAAAAAAGUUGAACUCCUGAGUGGGGUUAAUUGGUAACAUUGCCUGGGAUAUAAAAGUUAUUGGGUAAAUAUACCAGGAUAUAAAAACAUCUAUCUAGAACAUGAUAUAAAGUUCUAAGUGAAAGAUUUUUUAGGGUGAAUAUACAUGCCCACCCCCAAUGCUGGUUGUAGUACCUUGAGCCUUGCAUGUAGUAAGUGCUCCAUCACUUAGCCACAUCCCUAGCUUAUUUGGUUUUUCUGCAUUACUGCACAUUUGAUUGAUGUGGUAACGGUUUUCAUUUGUUAACGUUGCUAGAUAACUUUUGUAUAACCCUAAGUAAAUAAUUUCAUCUUUCCAUUUUCCAAAUCAGUAGCUGGGGGAGAUUGAGAAGAUGAAUCCUGAGUCUUGACUUCCAAGGGUACUUACUGUGGAGGAGGCCAGCUUUCCUAGCAUGGGACCCAUCCUUCAGCUUUGGUUUCACUCCUGCUCCCUUUGCGUUCACAAGUGUGAACCAAAGAGGUUGGAAAUGGUUGUUCUGUAUUAUCCAGCACUGAUGGGCGAAACCAUGGAUAAGCGCAGAGGGGGCCUUCUGACCUUUAAGUCAGUAAACUCUUCUUUUCUAACCUUACUCCCAGCUAUUUUCAGUUUGUUAGACAUUAGGUUUGAAAGUAAUGCCACAUUGGAUAAAUUCAUUUUAUUUUUGAGAUUAGAGUUUAGGGAUUGCAAAAAUAAAAUGUUGGUUCCAGUACCUCUUAGUGUCUCUUACACUGUAGUUUUAUUUAUCAUUGUGUAUGUACUCCAUGACCUGUGGAAGUCAGUGUACUUGGAGAGUCAUUUCUCUCUCCUACCUUUAUGUGGUUUCUAGAUUAACCUCAGGUUACCAGGCUUGCAAGGCAAGUUUCUUUGCCUACUGAGACAUCUUGUCAGCCCUUCAUGCAUUUUAAUAUGAAUUAUUCCACAAUAUUAAUUAUAUCUUCUAUCCAGAACAUUAUGAGCACUCAUAUGUAAAAUGCUUUGACCUAAAAGAUGAAACAUUAAGCUUUGGAACAUGGAUCUCCACAAUGUAGAAAUUAUGGCAUCGUGGCCAGAAAAUAGGCAGGUUAAACGUUCUUGCCACCAGCCUAGUGAGCGGAGUUUGAUCCCUGGGACCAACUCAUACAGGUUGUCCUCUGGUACCACACACACAUGUACACAGAUUAAUUUUAAAAAAAAAAAAACACGUGAAGCACAUCACUUUCUAUGUAAAAUGUAUUAAACUUCAUUUUUUUCCAUUCA